GCAGAUGACGUCACAGGAAAAGGACGUCCGCACCAGAGAACACGUGAGGAAAUCAACACAAACGAGCAGCUCCUGCAAGACGGUAACAUGGGGAAGAACAAACAAAAGGGGAAGAAGCAAAAGAACGUCUUUAAAGUGGGAAACAGGCCUUUGAAGCACAAGAACAAAACGAAACCCGUCAAGACAACGCUCAAACACAUCAAUGCAGUGAAGAAUGAGAAAGUGGAGAACCUCAAUCAAAUCUUCACAGAAGUCCAGAGGGACGUUACGAGUAUUUCCAAGUCUGUUGCUCCCGAACCUAAGAAACAAACAAAGGUCAUCAGAGAGCCACCAAAGGAAUCUGUAAACGUGGACAAUGCUGCUCAACUCUUCUCUCAGCUAUAAUGGAUAUCAUAAAGUUAGAGGACAAACCCAGUGAUCACCUGUUUGAACUGUACGUCCCUCUGUGUUAGAUAUAUGAAAUAACAAAGUCAGUUUACAGUCCUCAUUUUUGACAUAUUGUGUCAUGACAUUUCAUGUCAAAAUGAGGACUGCAGAUGAGCUGAAAAUGAAAAGAGCUUACGGUCAUCGCAUAAUAAGAAAACCUUUUGUGUUUGUAAUUUAAGCAUUCUGUAAAUUCAGUGUAAAGAAAUGUAAUCAAUUGACAGACUUGUGCUUUGUAUCAUUUCUGAUGUUUCAGGAAUAAAGGAGAUUGUUUAUUGCUAUUAAUGCAUAUUAUUUUUUGUAGACAUGUUUGCUUUCUCUGGGCUGCAACUAAUGAUUAUUUUCCUUAUAGAUUAAUCUGGUGAUUAUGACCUUGAUUAUUUGAUGAUGGUGAAAAAUGCCCAUUGUUAUUAAAAUCCAACACUCCAAAAGAAAACACUAAUCUGUUAAAUAUCAUAUAUAAUAAAAAACAUCAGCAAAACUCAACAUUUGAGGCAUUUUUUGCUUUACAAAUGGCUGAAAUUAUUAAUCCAUUAACAAAAUAAUUUGAUUUAUUUCCUGUCGAUUGAUCGGCUGAUCGUUUUAUCUCUUCUUUCUUAUCCUUAGAUUUGAUAUGGGUGCCUUGUGUUUCAUCCUCUUGAAUGUGGAUGCAAUUAAUUUCCUUUUCUUUUUUGCAAAGGCAGUUCAAUGCUUCACACCUUUUAUUUUCACGCUUUUCAUGCUCCGGAUUUACUGUAAAUCAAGUCACUAAGGAGAUUAUUGUGACUUCUUUUUGUAAAGAUGAAAGUUUGUGCCUCAAAGAGUUUUGUCCUCAUGGAAAUCAUUAAAACUUUAUGUAGAAGUUUACAAAACCAGAACUUGAAUGAGAUAU